AUGCAAUUGAAAAACGUCCUUUUCUUAUCUGCUAUCUUAGCUGUUGCUGCUGCUCAAUCAAGUGAAUCUGGUUCAGGUUCAGGUGGUUCAGAUUCAUCAGCUUCUCAAUCAGGAGGUUCAGGCUCUUCAGAAUCAGGCUCUUCAGGUGGUUCAUCAAGUGAAGGUGGUUCAGAUUCUUCAGAAUCUGGUUCAGGCUCAUCAGAAUCCGGUUCUUCAGGUGGUUCAUCAAGUGAAGGUGGUUCAGGCUCAUCAGAAUCAGGCUCAGGCUCAUCAGAAUCCGGUUCUUCAGGUGGUUCAUCAAGUGAAGGUGGUUCAUCAGAAUCUGGUUCUUCAGGUGGUUCAUCAUCCGGUGGUUCAGGUGGUUCAUCAAGUGAAGGUGGCUCAUCAGAAUCUGGUUCUUCAGGUGGUUCUUCUUCAGGUGGUUCAGGUGGUUCAUCAUCUUCAGGUGGCUCUGGUGGCUCAUCAUCUGGUGGUUCAGGUGGUUCCUCAUCCGGUGGUUCAGAAGGUGGUUCAUCAGGCUCAAACGCUGCUGGUUUGAACAUCGCUGGUACUGGUGCUAUUGGUGCUGCUGUUGCUGCUGGUUGUGCUUUAUUGAUGUAA